AUGUCUAAAGAAACCCUGGAAUUGACGCCCGCGGCGGAGGCGAGCCGGCGCUCCGCAGCCGCGUCCACCAUUCCUCUGCAUCACCGCGACGAGCAUCACUCGCCGUAUGCACCGCGAUCUCACCACCGCCGCGCGAAGGUACCUCCAACACCGAUAUCAGUUGCCGACAUAGGUCAGAAAAAGUCGAAAAAGAAGAGAAACAUAACACCCGAGGUGAGCGAGAGCUCCGGUGAGGAGUACGACCCGACGCGCGGUGACACCGCGGCCGCGAUGAGCCUGGCCGCGCCCAAACCGCGACAAACGCGCCAACCCCGCCAACCGCGCCAACCCGCCCCGCCCCGGACACGCCCACGAACCCGUACGCGCAAACUUAACAAUAAUAAAAGUAAAAGUGAAAAGACUGAGAAAAGUAGAGUUAGUGGAGAAGAUAGUAAGAGUAAAGAAACGGGCCCUCAGAGCCCAUGGGCUUCCAUGCCUGAAGAUAUUUUAUUCAAAAUAUUUGAUUAUGCUGUAGCCAUUCAAGGUUCUAUACCUACUGUCAUCAGGUUGAGUCGCGUAUGUAAAUUGUGGUACACCGUCAGCUGUAAGCCGGAGUUGUGGCGGAAUGCAGACCUUGCGCAAUUCACUAGUGAAAAAUGCAAAACAGAUUACAAACUGUUGUGGCUCCUCGAAAAUCGAUUGUCGCUCUGUCAUACUCUAAAUAUUGCUCAAUGGAAGGUGUCCAAUGAGACGUUGGUGCUGGCGUGCGUGGCGGACUACUGCCCCGGGCUGGUGGAGCUGAACGUGGCGGGCUGGAGCCGCAUCACGCCCGACCAGCUCUACGACCUCAUGCAGGGCCUGCCCAGCCUGCAGCGCCUCGACCUCUCCCUCACGUCGGAGAUGGGCGGGUCGAGCACGUGCCUGUCCGUGGCGUCGAUGGCGCGCCUGGCGGAGAGCUUCGGCCACCGCCUCACGCACCUCACCCUCGCCAACAACAAGUUCACCUCGCUGCCGCAGAUACUCAGCUCCGUCGCUGGCCUGCAGCGCCUCACGGACUCCGGCCUCGUCAGAGUGCCCGCCUGGGACCUCCAGCACCUCUUCCUGGGAGGCUGCAACGUGACGCGGCAGAGCAGCGCGUGCCUGGAGCUGAUCUGCGAGAAGUGGUCGCACAGCCUGCUGGAGCUGGACCUGUCGUGGGCGUCCGCCGCGCGCGUCCUCAACGACGCCGUCUCCGCGCUCGCCGACUCGCCGCACAGCAAGCUCAGAAUACUCAAUUUAUGUGGAUCGGCGGUAUUUUUGGAACAAGUAAAGAAAGUUUUGCUGAAAUGUCCACAUCUGGAGUCGCUCAAUCUCAGCUCUUGUCGCGCCUUGCCGCGGGGCAUGAAGCGGCUCUACACCGGCAAGGAGCUGCAAGACCUCAAGGACAGUUUUGACCCCGACAAAGCGAAGAAACAGGAUUCCGACGAUGAUGAAGAUACGGACACAGCGACGAAGAAAGAGACCGAAUCGAAAUCCAGUAGUGUUGUUAAAGCAUCGCCAAAGAGUAACGUAUCUAACAGUAGUGGUGCCAAAGCUGAACAAAAAUCUUCGGAUAUGUCUUCCUCCGGCGUUUUCCAGGAACCUAAAAGUGUAUCCAGCGCGAGCGCCAACGCUCCCGAUCAACGAUCGUUAUCUUCCAUACAUAAUAAGGGAUCGGUUGAAACGUCGAGAGAUGUUUCAGAGACUGUGUCCUCAUUGUUAGAUAAAAAAUCUAGAACGCCCACUUCAAGUUUGUCAAGUCCACUCGCUCAAUUGAAACCGGAUUCUUCUUCUACCCCGAGGUCGGAAUCGGUCAAAAUGGACCACGGGAGUCCGCAUUUCAGUCCCGUCCAAAAACCCGAUAGUCAAGUCCCGAAUAGUCCCGACGUCCAUAUAGAAUCGAUCAAAAGCAGUAACUCCUGGAAUUUGGGACAGUUCAAAUCCACACCCUCUAAUAAAUCCGAAGCCAGUCCGCUGAAUAGGUUAGAGAAUCACAACACGAGUAAAUUAAGACAUAGCAAAAUGGUCGAACAAUGCAGCCCCACGACCUCGCUGGAGAAUAAACCUAGUCCCGAA